CGUGCGUGCUGACGUAAGCUGUACGCAGCGCACUGGCACUCGGAAGAGAGGUGGCAGGUUAGCUUUCAGAAAACCGGACUAAAAUGAUGCAGAAAACGAGUGUUUAGAUUCUACGUAACCAUGGAGACUGAUGCAAACUCCUUCCAUGUGGAGUUCCCGGAUUUUUCCUGCUCGCUCCUGAAGAAGCUGAACCAGCAGCGGCAGAGAGGGCAGCUGUGCGACCUCAUCGUGUCCAUCGGCGGCCAUCAGUUUCGCGCCCACCGCGCAGUUCUGGCCGCCAGCUCUCCGUACUUCUGCGAUCAGGUGCUGCUGAAGAACAGCGCCCGCGUGGUGUUGCCAGACGUCAUGCAUCCGUGCGUUUUCGAGCAGCUCCUGUUGUCGUGCUACACGGGAGGGCUUUCGGUGCCGUCCGGAGAGGUGGUUUCCUUCUUAACCGCCGCGAGCUUCCUGCAAAUGUGGCACGUGGUGGACAAAUGCACUGAGCUUCUGGAAGUAGGGAAGAAAAACCGGAUGGACCAUGGAUCAUCUCCAAAAGGUGACAGUUAUGCCACUGAUAAUGAGGAUGCUGGUCAGACUGCAGGUCAAGGAGAUCUAGCCGAUCAAGGGCCAGGCACAUUAGAAAGCGCUGGUUGUUCGUCUCCAGAUGAUCCGAGUGAAAAUGGCUCGGAUGCAAUGGAAAACCAGUGCUCUAGACCGGCCUAUGUGCCACCGAGCAUAAUGGGACACAGAAAGAAGGUGCAUAUAAAAGCAGAAAGGCAGAAUCGAGAUGCUUGCGAUGGCCUGUUUGGCGCCGAACAUGCCAUAAACGAUCCAGACGAAAACUCUCACAAUCCAAGCACAGCAGAGGAUUGUUUGGAUGAGAAACUGGUGGAGUGCUUGGAUCGAGAUUGCACCUAUGAAGAGCCCUUGGACUUCUACGGGACCUCCAUGGGGGGCUUUUCGCAAGCCUCGGACGAGCUUUCCAACUCAAUGUCCAGGGAUAAACUUCAGCUCGAUGGAGGUGCAGAUGUUUGUAAAGACGAGACGCCAGAUGACAGCGGCCUAAAGGAGCAGACCUCGCACUCAGGCUUCGCUUCGGUGGUUUACAAGCUCUAUCCGUGCCAGUGUGGCAAAAGUUUCACGCACAAAAGCCAGAGGGAUCGGCACAUGAGCAUGCAUCUGGGUCUGAGGCCGUUCAGUUGUGCCGUUUGCGGCAAAAGCUUCAAAAUGAAGCAUCACCUGGUGGGCCACAUGAAGAUCCACACGGGCAUUAAACCCUACGAGUGCAGCCUGUGCUCCAAACGCUUCAUGUGGAGGGACAGCUUCAACCGACAUACCUCCACAUGCGCAAGGGCCCAUCAGACCCGACGGGCCUCCCAGAUCUGCUAGUGUUCACGCAGGAACCUUGUAGGAACUUUGAGAAACAUCAGCUUGGAAGCAUCCUUUACCUGAAUGCCAAACUAGCCAGAUUAUUUUAAACAAGCACCUCAAUUUUGAACAGAGGCCUUCUGUUCAGUUCAUUAGUUCAGGUGUGAACUACCGGUCAAAGGUUUGGAAUAAUU